GAUGGAUUACUCAAACUAAAAACAUCCAUAAAAUUAUUCAUAAAUGGAAGACUUAAAAACAUUAGAUUUGGAAGAGAGUGUUUCUGAGACUAUUGUAAUUGAAAUAUCUUAUAUAGAUGAGAGACUUGAGAAUGAUAGCAUAUAAAUUGAAAUAUGUAUUAAUUCCCAAAGAAUAGGAGGACAAUGGAAAAGAAUUACGAAAUUGUAAAUUCUAUUUAUCUAUUUUAUAGGGGAUUUAUGGGGACCAUUGAUUUUUUGUUUGACUUUGGCUAUGUAAAUUAAUAUUCUAUAGAAGGACUCUGAGUUUCAAGGCUGAUUCCACAACUUCUAGUUCAAAAUCUGAUGUUUUUGCAAUCAUUUUUGUUCUUAUUUGGGUUGGUGCUUUUGUUGUUACUCUAAAUGCUUAGUUACUAGGAGGAAAAGUGUAAUCAAUCUCUUUUUAUGCUUAGAUCAUUUUUCCAAUCUGUUUGUCUUUUGGGUUAUUGUGUAUUUCCAAUCAAUAUUGAAGCAAUAAUUAUUGCAUUUGUUGGAUCCUACUUACCAUUUGUUGUGAAAUUAAUCCCAGUGAUCAUUUGUUUUGCUUGGUCUGCCUAUUGUAAAAUUUGAAUUAAAUAAAAAUAGCAUCUGUUGGUUUUAUGGCAUCAUUGGUACCACCACAUAAGAAGAAGUUGGCAGUUUACCCUGUAUUUUUAUUUUAUUUGUUUUUGUCCUGGUUUUCUUUGAUAGUAUGA